GGACAAGGAGAAAGAUUUCCGCUCGACCUGAUGGACUGACGACAGAUGAAUGAAGACUGCCUACACUAACGCCUAUCGAUGCCUGGCCAAGGACCUGGACGCUUACGCCAUGAAUUCGGACAUGACAAUGGACGGCAUUGGCAGCCUGCAUGGCGGGGUGGCGGUGAGCUCCGUGGCCCCUGACGUGGAGCUGAUGAGCGGCCACAGCCCCCACCACGGCCGCGGCAGCUCUUCGGCAGCGGCUGCCCUGCGGAUACACCAAGAUCUGGCCGCCGCUGCCGCGUCAUCCCGCUCGGCCAUGGUGUCCGGCAUGGCCACCAUACUGGACAGCGGCGGGGGCGGAGGCGGGGACUACCGCUCGGACCUGUCUCAGCUCCCGCUGCACCACGCCAUGAGCGUGCCGUGCGACACGUCCUCUCCCGGGAUGAGCAUGAGCGGCACUUAUACCACCUUAACCCCGCUGCAGCCGCUGCCGCCCAUCUCCACCGUGUCCGACAAGUUCCACCACCACCACCACCAUCACCACCAUCACCAGCGGCUCCCCGGGAACGUCAGCGGAAGUUUCACUCUCAUGCGGGACGAGCGCGGGCUACCGGCAAUGAACAACCUUUACAAUCCCUACCACAAGGACCCCAUGGCCGGGAUGGGUCAGAGUCUAUCCCCGGUGCUGAGUAACGGUCUUGGCUCCCUCCACAAUACCCAGCAAGGUCUCCACAACUACAGCACCGUAACACACGGAAGCCACGACAAAAUGCUCAACUUCGACCCCACCGCCGCCAUGCUCUCCAGAGGGGACCACCACCAGCACCGAGGUCUCGGUGGCCCGUCCGGCGGGAUGAUGCCACAUCUGAACGGAAUGCACCACCCGGGGCAUCCCGUGGCGUCGGCUGGCCACCACCCCCACCUCCAUUCCCCACCCCACGGGCCCGUGUUGGCCUCCACCAGGGAACGACCGCCCUCCUCCUCCUCGGGGACGCAGGGGGGGAACAGUUCGGGGCAGCUGGAGGAGAUCAACACCAAGGAGGUGGCGCAGAGGAUCACAGCCGAGCUGAAGAGGUACAGCAUUCCUCAGGCGAUCUUCGCCCAGAGGGUCCUGUGCCGCUCCCAGGGGACGCUGUCGGACCUGCUGAGGAACCCCAAACCCUGGAGUAAACUCAAGUCUGGCCGGGAGACCUUCAGGCGGAUGUGGAAGUGGCUGCAAGAGCCCGAGUUUCAGAGGAUGUCGGCUCUCAGACUGGCAGCGUGCAAACGGAAGGAGCAGGACACAGCGAAGGAGCGGAACAAUACACCAAAGAAAUCCCGGUUGGUCUUCACUGACCUGCAGCGGCGAACGCUGCUGGCCAUCUUCAAAGAAAAUAAGCGGCCUUCCAAAGAGAUGCAGCUCACCAUCUCGCAGCAGCUCGGGCUCGAACUUACCACCGUCAGCAACUUCUUCAUGAACGCCCGCCGCCGGAGCCUGGACAAAUGGACAGACGACGGAGCCAGUCCCGGCGCCCAAUCUUCAGCGUCCAGCACUUGUACCAAAGCGUGA